GGAUUACGACAAAAGUUUAUAAAUAGGAAGAGGAAGAGAAAAUAUUUAUCUACACUUAGUUUAAAUUACCUUAGUAUAACAGUUCAUGAAGCUUUAUAAGAUAUGUCGACUAUGACUGGAACUGCAUGCUGUUUAGCUUUAAUUGUAGCCGGUGCUUUCAGUAUUUCUGUAAACAAUGGCAGAUACGAGGAUGUUAAUAUUGUAAUCCAAGAUACAGUUGCAGAGAAUGAAAUACUCCUGGAAAGAAUUCAGGAAGUAUUUACCAAAACAUCGCAGAUGGUUUUUCAAGCGUCCAAGCAACACGUUUAUUUCGGACAAAUCAACAUCAUAUUACCCAAAACUUGGAGUUGGAAACCGGAAUAUACAGGAAUCCCAGCACGUUCUGAACUAGAAUCCUAUAUUACUGUUGAUGAAGGAAAAGUUAAAACUCCUCAAACAAAACGAAAGAUAAAGAAGUGCGGCUCCCCAGGACGGUACAUAUAUCUUCACACUGACUUCUUGCUCACAAAAGGAAAAACAAAGUGGGGAUAUCAUGAGAACGUUCUAGUACACGAGUGGGGACAUUUAAGAUGGGGCCUGUUCGAUGAAUACAGUAUGAGAAACAAGGAACGAUUUUAUUUGGACAAGGGUGUAUGGAAUCCAGUGAGGUGCAGUGAGAGUGUGAAAGGGAAGGUUGGUAAAGGAACUCGGUGUAAUAGUGCAGCAUCGAAAUGUGAUACAAAAUACACGAAGCGGGCGAUGCACAAACAAUGCAAAUUUUGUCCGGAUGAGGCCCAGACAAAAUCCAGUAUGAGUUCAAUAAUGGCAUAUAACUGGAUGGAUGCGGUGUCUACCUUUUGUGACAACGAAGACGACAAAACUGUUCCUGUACAUCAAAGACACAACAGGAAGGCCCCUAAUAAACACAAUUCGAAAUGCGGUGGUCGAAGUGCUUGGGAAGUAAUGAGAGAACACGAUGACUUCAAAACAGUACCAUUGUCGGCCAGCACAAACACAACGCCUAUAUUCAAGAUGCUCCGAGAAUCUGACGACUAUCGUGUGUUUGUACUAGAUGUUUCCAAUAGUAUGCAGGGUACAAGAAUUGCAACGUUGUAUCAAGCUUGUGAAUAUAUAAUCCAAACAAAGAUUCCCGAAGAUAGCUGGUUAGGAAUUGUUUGGUUUUCUAGUAGUGCUUCAACAAUGAUGAAUAUUACUCAGAUUACAUCCCAGCAGGUUAGAGACGCGCUUAUAGCUGCAGUUCCGCAGACUACCGUUGGAGCUACAUGUAUUGGAUGUGGCAUAGACGAAGCUUUAAGUAUUUUGUCCAGCAAACUUGGUGAUCCUGCCGGAUCCGAAAUCAUGGUGAUUUCAGAUGGUCAAAACAAUCGUGGUGACCUUGAUGCGUCUAUUGAAAAUGCCAAAGAAGCAAAUGUAAUCAUACACACUAUUUCUGUGUCGCAAGACGCAGACGAAAGAAUGAUAUCGAUGGCAACUGAAACGGGAGGCAUACACAUAUCUUACCUCGAGACCGGAACAAUAAGUUUUGCAUCCGUUUUUAUAGAACUACUGUCCAGUGGAGUGACCUCCUUUGCGACUGAAUCAACCACGCUUUUGUCAGAGAAACUGGACUCCCUGUCGUCAACUACCGUUUCAUUCAGUUUUGACAUCGAUAGUAGCGUUGGAAUAAACACUACUGUCAGCAUACUUCAAGGGUCCUCCACGGAUAUAAGCAUAGAAGUCCAAAGUCCAGAAGGAACGGUUUAUACAGAACAGACUACUGGUGGAGACAUCUUGAUACUGGAUAUUCCUGGCACAGCUGUUACAGGGAAAUAUAAUGCGACAGUAACAACACAAACUUCGUCGUCUUUUGAAUAUUACGUAACGUCUUUGCCUAAAGGCUCCGAAGUCGUGCGUAUAUCCUCUUGGGUGACUCCAAUAAAUUUAGACUUCUUUACUGGUGAAUUACCUGUGAUCGAAGCUGAUGUAAUGAAAGGACGAGCGGCUGUUUUGAAUGCAAUUGUGACAGCAGUUGUAGAGACAGGCGGAAAUGAAUCCUGUGAAGUUGCAUUACUCGAUAAUGGAGCUGAUCCUGAUGAUACCGUAGAUGACGGGGUUUAUGCCGGCGUUAUACCAAGGUUCUGUCUCUACCAAAACGGUCGCGUUAGUGCCAAGGUGUACGCUCGUGGUGAAAAUGGAACAACAUCUGUACAGGAUGUCUUUAGUGGAGCUGGAAGUCCUGAUUCAGAUGAGGACGUAAACCCUGAGGUUCUUCAAGACAACUUUCAACGAGUCAGUCUGCCCAGUGAGAUUUUAGUAUCGAACUAUUCAAGUAUAAUUGCAAACAAAGAUAUUACUGCACCUGGCCGCAUAACAGAUGUAUCUAUCAUAGACAUUUCCACGGAGAAUACACAAUACGGCGAGAGUAGAAACUUCACCAUCACGUGGACGGCAACCGGGGAUGAUAUAAACGUUGGACAAGCCACGGAAUAUGAACUGAGAAUCUCUGAUGAUAUAAAUGUCCUGUAG